CCCGUUGAUGUUCUGGGAGAGAAUGAAGCGCUGCAGCAGUUCUUUGACGGAUGCCAGGAUAUGAGUGGGGUCCUGGAGAGUGCUGUGGUGGACACCAGCAUACUGGAACAGUACCUCAGCAACGACAUGGACCCAACAUUCAUGUUACCAGAGUCACCACCAGAUUCUGGUUCAGAACCGUGUUCACCUCCGCAAAUACCAGACGUGAGCUACGGCUACCAGGAAGUGUUCCAGACAGUGACACGUCCUCCAGCCUCACUGUGCCGAUAUAAAGAGCUGGCACCACAACCCCCACCACACCCAGGACUGCCAUACCACCAGGGGCUGACUAACUCUUACACCAAGGCAGGCACAUCUCCAGGCUCACUGCCCCACAACCCCCUCCACCACCCCCACUACCUGAGCCCAGGGGAGAGCUAUAUACAGUCUAACACUGCCCCCACACCGCCAGUCCACCACAAGGCUCCCCAGCAGCAUCAGCCUCCUCCAUGCCAGGGCCUGGCAGACAGCUACCCCAGGGCCAACGCACCCCCGGUCCCAGAACUACCUCCAGGCCAAGCCCCAUACCUAGCCUCAGGCCUCGGGCUGCCCUCAUCCUGCCUACUACCUGUGCCUGGAUGCCCUUCAGAACCAGGAUAUUCAUACCUGCCUCCCACAGCUGGUCAAUACACAGGGCUUAUAUUGCCUGACUGUAGGAAGAGAAGACUAACAGAACCCCUUGAGGUACAGAACCAUUUAGCGGCUGUUCCUCUAGCAGGGGGCUCCGAGAGGGGAGGCGGUGACGUCCCGUCCUAUGACAGUGACGGGGCCACAGAGAGCAGCUCUGGGAUGGGGACCUAUCAGCUCCUCACCUGGGAUCGCUACCAGCCUGGCCUGUGGACACCGCUCUACAACAGUAACUAUGACAUCCUCCCUUCUCCCGGUUACCAUGUGGACACCGAUAAAGGUUUCAACUACUCCACAGCUGACGAGUCCUUCGUGUGUCAGAAAAAGAACCACUUUCAGGUCACAGUUCACGUAGGGAUGGCCGGAGACCCCCUGUACGUCAAAACACCCAACGGCCCUGCGCCGAUAGAGAGCUUCCACAUCAAGGUGUUUGGCGUGAAGCUUGAGGCACAGACUCACAAAGUCACCAUAGAGCAGUCCCAGCCGGAUCGCAGCAAGAAGCCAUUCCUGCCAGUCAAAGUGAGUCUACCAGGGGACAAGAUCACUAGAGUUACUCUGGGAAGACUGCACUUCAGUGAGACCACUGCCAACAACAUGAGGAAAAAGGGUAAACCCAACCCUGACCAGAGGUACUUCCUGAUGGUGGUGGGUCUGUAUGCCACAGUGAGGGAAGAGAGUUACCUGCUGAUAGCGUUCAUGUCAGAGAGGAUCGUAGUCAGGGCGUCGAACCCGGGCCAGUUUGAGAACGACAGUGAGGUGUUGUGGCAACGAGGACAGGCUCCGGACGCGGUGGUGUGCCAGGGGAGGGUGGGCAUCAACACAGACCCCGAUGAAGCCCUGGUGGUCUGUGGCAACGCUAAGAUCAUGGGGCAGGUUAUGCAUCCCUCCGACAGCCGCGCAAAACACAACAUACAAGAGGUGGAUUCAACAGAACAGUUGAAGAGAAUAUCUCAGAUGAGGAUUGUGGAGUAUGACUACAAGCCUGAGUUCGCCUCAGAGAUGGGGAUCGAUCACAUACAUGAAACGGGCGUCCUAGCCCAGGAGGUGAAGGAGCUGCUGCCCACUGCUGUCAAAGUGGUGGGGGACAUCACCUGCAGCGACGGAGAGAGGAUACGCAACUUCCUCAUGGUGGACAAAGAGCAGAUCUUCAUGGAGAAUGUAGGGGCUGUGAAGCAGCUGUGCAAGGUGACUGACAACCUGGAGAACAGGAUUCAGGAGCUGGAGGGGUGGAACACAAGGUCAGCCAAGCUAAAGGACAUGGGCAGCCCUGCUAACAGCAGAAACCCUGCUAACAGCAGCACUAAAGGGAAAAUAAACAGACACAGCAGUGUUCCACCACCACAGAAGCCAACACCUCUCAAAUCUGUCAAGGCAAAGUUCCACCGCUGCUUAAAACACAAGUUUGUUCAAGUCAGCGUGAUCAUUCUGGCAGCAACAAUGGCUUUCUGUUCUAUUGCCAUCACAGCUCUCUACAUGCUGACUCUGAGAGACGACGCCGGCAUGCUGCUUCCUGGAAACACCAACGAGACUACUGUGCAUCCUCUCUACACCACAACAGUCAGGACGACCUCAGUAAACCCAACAACCACCCCUGUCCCGUGGACCCCUGAUGUGGACUUCUGUAGCCUGAUCUACUGUGAAGAAGUGUUCUGCUGUCCCACUACAGCCUCCAUGGAUAAUACCAGCACCAUCUCUCCUGUCCUCCUCUCCUCCACUGUAUCUCCCACUACCAGGCCCUCUCUAGCAGAUAAAGGGAAAGACAAAUUCAAUGAAGAAAUCAAAGGUGCCGGAGAUUGGACAAACACAACAAUAAAGUCUUUUUUCAUCAAAGAAAACGAACAGAUCAUUGACUCUCGGUACUGUGAGAGGGGAAGCUGCGGGUCAGGAAACUACUCCUUCCAAAUCCCUAUCAGCAAGUUCGUCCCCACCAACAUGCGUGUCACUGUCCAGAUGAAUACCACAGAGCUGCUGGUUGUCCACCUGUGUCAUAAUGAUGAGAUGUUUAAAUGCUCUGCCUUGAUGGACCACGAUCAAACCAACGAAGAAUACAAUUUCAUAAAUACACAGGGCUACGUCCAUGAAUGGCCUCUGCCAGUGUCUCGAUUCUACAGGAGCUCCUACCACUUCCGCUCAGCAGUGGCUGUAAGAACUAAAAGAUUUCUCCAAUGUGUCCUUUCCUAA